AUGUUCGAGCAUACGACCAAGUCGGGCGUUGUUCUCGUGCUGCUUAGUUUAACCUCGCAGGUUCAAUCUUCUCCGAUCGCAUUACCUGCUCCACAGGCUGUCACGGCACAGAUAUCUCCCAUCACGCCGCCGAGGGCAGGGUCUACAGGGGACGUGCCUGGGAAUUUUGGGAUCGUCGUGAUGGAUGUAUCGAUAUCAACAUCGAGAGCAACCGGAAGUGCCGGAGCAGCACGAACCCCAAGCAGACCACCUACCGUACUCGACAGGCUUGCGGUAUCUCGCUCGGUCCUCUUCUUCUUCGUCGACGUCGUCGUCUUCUUACACGGCGGCACCGUCGGCACGGCGUGUCCACUCAUCACUGGUCUUAUGCCAGACGAACACGACGCUGCAGCUCAGUCUUCUUGA